AUGAAGUCGAGGGACGGGUGGAGCGCGCUGGGCGAUGCAACCUCCCCCAUGGCAUCUCUCCCUCCUGCUGGCGCAGGACUCGGGCCAGACGAGCCUCUCACCAAGCUGUCCGACCCUCUCAAGGUCUGGUCCGCGAGCGUCCUGAUCGACGAUAAGCCUGUCGAGGUGUACAAGGUCGUCCAUGAGGGCAAGCAGUCGACGUGCUACAUCGAGGCGGUCGAGGGCAAGGAAUUUAAGGUCGAGAUCAAGAAGGGAACGUUCACUGCGACCGACUACGCUGCCUACCUGCAGCUGGACGGCACCGAGGCUGGCGCUUUCUCCAUCGAGCGUUCAAAUACUCGUCCCGCAGCUUUCACCGGCAAGCGCGUCUCGGCCACCUCCAUCCGCCCCUACAGCUUCGCAAAGAUCGCUCUGACGGACGACGCGGACAUUGCAACGAAAGACGAGGCGGUCAUCAAGAACCUCGGGACCAUCUCAAUCGAGAUCUACCGCACGUCGAUUCUCGGCAUCUCAGCUGGCAACCGCGAGUAUAAGGACAACGCAAAGCAGCAUGUCGUCGACGAACGCAGCAAGAAGGCCAAGAUGAGCCAUUCGACCAGCUACGGGGAAGCAAAAUACCAGCCCGAGAGCGGCGCCCGCGACAGGAUUGCAUGGAUUGAUCCGUGGAAGUCACCCUGCCACACCCUCGCUUUCCGUUACCGCAGUCGCACGCUCCUUGAGCUCGAAGACAUCGUCAAGCCUAUCGUCCAUGCCACCCCGCCGCCGAACCUACUCGAGCCGGCAUCUUCUCCUGCCGCCGGACCUUCGUCAAGGAAGCGAAAGACGGACGUCAUCACCAUCUCCGAUGACGAAGACGACGAUGCGGUUGAGCGUGGCAAGCAGAACAAGGGCGGCGUCAAGACGGAGAAGAAGCCGAAGGUCAGGGACGAGCCGCUGCGCAUGGCUGUCAAGAAGGAGAACGGCCAGACCGUCAUCGACCUGCUCGACUAG